CACACACACACGUACACACACAGCAGUAUAGUGACGCGCUGUGGUUUAAAGAGCCUCGGGUCCUCCCUCCUGCUUUUCACAUGAUCUGUAAGCUUUCACAGAGGAGAGACAGGAAUGUGGAGAGGAGCGACAACAACGACGGCUGAGCGGAGUCACAUAAUGCGUUUGUUUUACGCUGUGUCCAUCUGGAUGACAUUCAUCCACUGCUCCAACGGAAUCCCCUGGACACAAGAAAAGCUCCAGCACCGGGCCGUCACGCUAACACAAGAUGAGAUUCGCACCGCCCUGUCUCACACUGACCUGGAGCAGAUGUGGCAGAGGGAUCUGAGGCCACUGCUGGUUACCAGGUACCCAGGCUCUGCAGGCAGCCAAGCUGUGCAGGAGCAUAUCAAAACAACUCUCGGCUCUCUCGGGGCAGGCUGGGAAGUGACAGAGGAUAGGUUUAUGUCACAAACACCCUAUGGCCCCCUGUCCUUCACCAACCUGAUUGCCACCCUCAACCCAUCCGCCAAGCGCCGCCUGGUUCUGGCCUGUCACUAUGACUCCAAGUACUACCCGCCACAGUGGCACGGGAGGGAGUUCCAAGGUGCCACUGAUUCUGCUGUUCCCUGUGCCAUGAUGCUGGAGAUGGCACGAGCCCUGGAUGAGGAACUGAAAUCUCAGAAGAGCUCCAGCCCCAACCUGACCCUGCAGUUGAUCUUCUUUGAUGGAGAGGAGGCUCUUUUCCAGUGGACCCCCACAGACUCCCUAUACGGCUCCCGCCACCUGGCCCAGAAGAUGGAGAGCACCCCACACCCUGCUGGAGCAACAGGCACCAACCAACUAAAUGGCAUAGAUCUGUUUGUGUUGUUGGACCUGAUCGGAGCUCCUGGCCCUCACUUUGGCAACCAGUUCCCCAGCACAACACCCUGGCUCUCCAGACUGCAGAACAUUGAAAAGCGACUCCACUCCAUGAACCAGCUGGUGGAUCAUCCUAACAUCGUGCAGUAUUUCUGGCCCGAUCGACCUGUUGGCCACAUACAAGAUGAUCAUAUACCAUUCCUAAACAGAGGUGUACGUAUCCUCCACCUCAUCCCCUCCCCCUUCCCAUCCGUGUGGCACACGUUUGACGACAACGAACUGAACCUGGAUCGCUCCACCAUCCAGAACCUAAACAAGAUCUUGCAAGUCUUUGUUCUGGAGUACCUCAACGCCAGACCAGCUAUCCCUUCAGUGUCCUCAAACCCUUCAAACCCACAGAAUGCACCAUAAAAUUCCCAGUAUACUCUUCAGUAACUCUGUUUCUUUGGAUGUAGUAAAGGUCUUUAGCUCUUAUUUUACAGACUGGCAUUUACUGCUAGGUACAUACCAACACAUCUGUUCACAAUAUGGGUGCCAACUGCAGAGAAUAUUUAACGUGGAGAAUAUGUUCAUAUAAAAAAGUUCAGAUUUUAUUUUGAAAUCUGAGUCUUAAUAGGUAAAAGUUUAUAUUUUGUCCUAUGUGAGUAUGUAUAAGAAGUAUUUUCAAGAGACUUUCAGACUCUAUGUCUUCAUCUUCCAUUCAAGCCCUCAGUCACCAGCAGUGAGAUCAGCACACAGGAUCUUCUGUGUGUUUUUACUACACUGCGCUCUUUAUUUCAGCCUAAACCCUCAUUUACCCUGUGAAGAGACAUCUUAGUGUCAAUGCUAAUGUCUAGGAUCUGCUCUACUUGUAGAAGAGAUGAGGAAGAAUGUUAGAAAAAAUGAUAAAUUGUGCUGAUAAAAUGCUGUGAUGUCCAAAGUUGGUGAUAUGUUCUAUAUGAACAACUCUGGGCUAAUAACAUUCAUAAUCUGUUAUGAUGCAUAUAUACAAUAGGCCAUUCACAUGAAUUCUACAAAAACAUAUGGGGAAGAGUAUAUGGCAACACACAUGAGACAGUGUCACAAGGUGGUUUUAGCUACAGGGGAUGUGACAUUUCCUCGCCUGCAGUAAAUCUGUUCAGUGUUUAGAGAGCAAACCUGUCGGUGGCAGGAAAUGGGUUUAUUUUUAUUAUCACAACAUCUUCAGCCCUUCAUAUCCUGUCAUCUCUGAUAGUGAAGUGGAUAACUUCCUAUGCUGAUGUUUCACAUGCCUGCCUUUGUUUAUAUGACAUUAUUAGCCCGACCUUAAUGUAGAUCCCAGAAUAAUAUACAGUGCCAAAUCUGGACUUCCUGUAUUUUGAGGCCAAAAUAAAUGUUACACAUACAAAGCAGAUCAUGCAGAGUUUGUUUAUCUUUCUAAGUCUUUUUUUGUUUUAAUGUUAGCACUUUCGGAGCCAUGGGUAAAGACGUUGAUCCUGCUCUGAUGCUUGGUCAUUAUGAUAAAGAAAGGUGACCUUUUCCAUGAGGAAGUGUGAACUUUGUUUCUGUAGGUCUAAUUUAAUAGCCAUGCAAGAAUAGCCAGAACAAUUCUUCCAGUUUUGCAUCCACUCCUCAUGUCUCAACCCCACCUUUCUCUCAGCCUUUAAAGCUCAGGCCCUCUCUUCCUGAGCAGACCAAACACUCCCUCCAUCCCUCCGCCUCACCUCGACAACAAUCCCAUGAUUCACUUAAUCCUCUCAGGGAGGACCUCCCCUGAAUUCCACACCACCCAGAUUCCCUUCAAUCCAGCCCACUCCCAUGAGAACUGAACGUGGCUCUCACUCCCCCAUUUGCUGUAGUCAGAAAUGUUUACGAUGCCUGGUAACAACAUACACAAACAUACUGUAUAUCUCUGUCUUGAAGGAGAUGGAAAGUAUAACUGCUUCAAAGGCCAAAUAAGACGGGGACAUGUUGCGCAGUCUCCACCCAAACCGUCCAGCUUCCUUUGACUUGUAAACACAAAACUACUUUAGUGACCUUUGCCUCACUUCCUUGCUUUAUACUGUAUUUUAUUCUACUGUACUUUUAUGCUAAUUUCACUCAUCCUCCAUCCAAGUAUAGGUGUUAUGUUAUAUAGAUUUUCUAUCAAAGCUUCCCUACCUGUCAGCCAUGACCAAACUUACUUGGCUCAAACAUUAAAGAAAAUAUUAGUUUGUCUAAUUUUAGUUAUUAAAAAAUAGUUUAAUUAACUUUAAUGUGAUGAAAAGGAGUCUUUUCCAAAACAUUUCUUGGGUCAGAACAACCAGCAUGUUUGAACAUGAAAAAUGAAGACAAGCAGA